AUGGAUUCUGCAAGUUCUCAAGGUGAUUCGGCGCCAUCAACGCCUGCCGAGUCUACCGGCUCAUGGUGGUCAGUAAAGCGGGCUCCUAGCAGCCGCAAAACCGGGUCCCGAAAAUCCUGGAUUAAGAAUACAUUUGGCCUUGGACGUGGUGCUCAGACGCCCGAGAAUGCUGAAAUGGAAAUUUCCGCACCUCUACAAAAUCCUCCUCCUACAAAGGAAGUUUCCCCAGUGGCCCUUCUUAUUCCGGAUACGCCGCCCGAAUCAAAGGCGUACGAUCCGGUGUGUCCUUGGGAUGAACCAGCCGGCGGAAGGAAAACAAGCGCUCCCGCAGUUGUCCCGUCUCAAGCCCGACCAACUGCUCCUCUAGCGGUCCGCUCGAAAUCCGAAGCAGCGAGCAGCACUUUGAAGGUAGCAGAUGCAUGUCCUUGGGAGGAAGACGCACCACUAUCGCCUCCGCAAUCUAGUUCUGAGGCGGUGGCUCCUUGGAACAGUCAACAGCCCAUGACAGUGGUAAUCCCAUUAUCACCUCCAGCUUCGCGGCCGAACUCCGAGUUGAUAACGGCACCUCCAAAUCCUCCACCAACUUCCAGUCUACCUUCACCGCCUCCGACCUCAGCCUUGCCUUCUCCUCCUCCAACAUACGCUUUGCCAUCUCCACCUCCUUCUGCACCACCUUCAAUUCCUCUUCCUCGACCCCCAAGCCCGGACAGUGUAAUUGAUGAUAAUGCAUCAGAUGGAUCUCAUUACGACGACGAUGAGGUAUCUCUGAAAUCUCCUUCAUUCAGCCCUAUUCCGACAAUCGUUACACCUACAAAAGCGCUUAAAAUGACUAUUCCAUUCCCGGUCAAGCAGCAGCCGGUUAUUGUGGUAGAGGAGGAGGUUGUCUAUGACGAGGAGGACAGACUAUUGAUCCGGGAAGAAGACUGGGGCGAGUACAACGAAGAAGAUUCCGACUCCGACAGUGAGCCUCACUAUACUUACGACGAAGGAUACCAACUCAUUGACCAAAUGUACGACGAGGAUUUCGCGGACGAUGUCGAUGAGGUCUGUGGUAACCUCGAAAUAAAAAAUAUGAUGACCAUGAUGGAUAUUGAAGCGGCUAUCAAAAACCUAUUCCCUACGGACUCGUUCAUGGUAGUGCCUCCGAGGCUAUCGGAAGUUGCAGUUCCAGCUCACUAA